UCUGUUCUCCCCAACAGCCAGGAUCUUUUUCUCAGCCUGACUGAAGUACCCUCCCAACCCUCCCAAGCCAGUAUCCAAGACCAUGACCCCAUGGAAGGGACCUCAGCAGCUGCAAAUUCUUCAAGCCUCCCUCCUCCGUCCCGAAGGCUAUCACAGAUAAGGCGUCGGAAAAAGAAGACGCGAGACGAGAUGUUUGCAGAAAUCAUGGAAUCCACCCGCAGUGACAGAGCUCAUCUGAAUGAGUGGAAGGACACGGUUUCAAAGUAUAGGAAAGAAGCCAGUGAACGUGAGGACAGGAGGGACCAACGUGAGGACAUGAGGGACCAACGUGAGGACAGGAGGGACCAACGUGAGGAGAGGAGAGAUGCUCGAGAUGAGAGGUGGCGGCAGGAAGAUCAGAGGAGGCAGGAUGCAACGCUGGGGCUGCUGCGUGAGCAAACAGACAUGCUCCGGCGUCUGGUGGAGCUUCAGGAACGGCUGCAGGAAAACAGAGUUGGUCCAGUAGCCUCAGAGCAUCCACAAGUUCUCCAUACAGGAAAUCUUUUGGAACGUGUCCAUAGUCCAUCCAGUGCAGGUGACCAAGCCAACAAAGACAUCUGUGUUUGA